AUGUCGGCAAAACGUUACAUUGAUCUUCGCAGGUAUUUACAUGUUGUCGACAACACAACAAAAGAACAACCUGAAAAUAAAAACGACAAACUCUUCAAAAUCAGGCCAGUCCUUGAGGCCAUUCAGGAAAAUUGUUUCAAAAUUGAACCAGAACCCGUGCAAUCCAUUGAUGAGCAAAUUAUACCUGCUAAAACAAGCGAAGUGGGAUACGGCAAUAUAAUCCAAAAAAACGAAAAAAAUGGGGUUUUAAAAUGUUUGUUCGUGCAGGACAAUUUGAAAGAGUAUGGGAUUUUGACCUGCGCAACGAUGAGAGCAAAUCGUUUGGCAAAUCCUCUUUCCUCAGAAAAGGAAUUACAAAAAUCGGGGAGAGGAAGCAAAUCUCACAAGGUUGACAAAAAUUCAGGCAUUAUGCUAAUGCGCUGGUUCGACAAUAAAAGUGUCCAACUGGCGUCAACCUACUGCUCCUUUAAACAGAGUGGCACUGUGAGAAGAUGGGAUGCUAAAUCAAAAAGUCAUAUCCAGGUCCCCUGUCCUGAAAUUGUUAGGGAGUAUAACUCUGCAAUGGGUGGGUUGACUUGGCUGAUAUGUUGA